CGCUGGUCUUACUUCCGGGUUUCGGUGCACCAACGAUCGCGAUUGGGGCUAUCGUCACGUACUACAUAUACUCCAUGACGCCUCCUGGUACAACAUCGAAGUAUUUCCCUGUCGAGUUUUGCUGAGAAAUGCCACCUGUCGGAACUGGGAAGAACUGCAGGUUCGAGGGGCAAGGAUUCGAAUCCACGCUAAGCUCAGUUCUAGAGGACAUUGACUCUGCGCUGUUGCUUCUUGCGGACGGCCACCCUGCCAGACAACAUUGUGUGUUGGCCAGAGAUAAAAUAGAAUGGUUGCUAACUACUGAGCAGAACACAGUACGCCAAGAAGACCUUACCCAGCCAUGGGAAAAGCUCGGAGAAGGAGCUUUCGCAAAGGUCUUCAAAGCCCGAUUGAAAGGCUCGACUGUAGCUGUUAAAGUGCAGAUGAAUCGUGACAGGACAAUAGUGGAACAACGUGUCUUGAGGCAUCUGAGCCAUGAGAAUAUUGUGGCAUUCCGUGGCACUGGUCACCUGUCCGAAGACGUUGGCAAGUACGACUUAAAAGCAGGGAACCAAUUUAUCGUGAUGGAGUAUCUCCCUGAUAGCCUGCUGGAUUACGUAGAGAGACGGAAGACUCCGGAACGACAAGGUUUGACCGCGAACAUCGUGUGGAAACUAGGCGGCCAGAUCGCGCAUGCGCUGCACUACCUGCACACGCUGCCAGACCCCAUUGCACACAGGGAUCUGAAACCCGAUAACGUGCUGCUGGAUCCGGGAUCAUUGAGCAUGCGCGUGAAGCUUGCAGACUUCGGACUGGCCUGUCAUAGUUACGAGUUACGUGACAGAAAAGACGAGCUUGCCCAGAUAAGGUGGAGAGCGCCCGAGUUACAGCAUUAUGGCAAAGGUGCCGCUACUGGUGAGCAGGUAUCAACUGGUGAUGACGAGGAUGAGUGGUCAGACUCUGAUGACCUAGAAGAUGACCCACCUGUAACUGAAGAAGUCCAGCAGGUAAAAGAUGAUGAAACGCCACCUUCCAUUGAGACGUUCAUGCGAGCCGACAUGUUCUCAUACGGCUUGCUUCUGGGCUACCUCAUCACCGGGCAAAAGCCUUACGACAAGUACGGAACACUCACGCUACAGAGUAAGGCAGCCACCACUACCCAGGCGCCACAGAAAGUCAGUCCUCAUGAUUCACUGACUGGACCUCUACCAGAGAUCAUCAAGAGCUGCUACGACGAUGAGCCGACUGCACGACCAACUUCGGGAGAUGUUGUUGCUCAACAUUUCAGUGUUGACGAGAACCCAUACGAAUCAGAGGCGUUGAAAGCGGAGUUUUUCUCCUGUGGGUUUCUACAGGACACCAAGAUCUUCGUGGCUGAUUCCCUGGUUGGUGAGUCUACCCAAGGAUUCCGGUAUGACGGCCACCGACCUCAGGGGUACCCAAAGGAAUGUCUGGAUUGUUACGUGGAGGUGAAAGACAAACCCUAUCAUGAUAUACCAGAGGACUGGGAACUACAAUAUGAUUACAACGAUUAUUACUUGACGUUCAAACACCAAGCUGAACAGAAGAUUAUUGACGACAACCCGAUGCUGGCACUGAAAGAGCUGGUGACAGAUCGAGCAGGAGCGGAGGAAGAACAGAAACUGGAACUUAAGUUUGUUGAAAGUACUUACUGUCAUCAUCGCGCCAUGAGGGAGAUCUGGCGUAGUUUCCAGGAGCCAGAACAGCGGGAGUUAGUGCCGUGUAAGAGCAUCGUUCAUCCACACUUCAGCACGUCCUUUGGACUACAUGUGGCCAUACUCACCAACGAAGGGCCGGGCAACCCCCAGAAGUUCAUCUUCGCAAGGCGAGCAAAGCGGGAAGGAAUGGCCAGUCCCGGAACCUUCACGUGCGGUGCGGUGGAGAGUUGUUCAGUGAAGGACUACGUCGUAAAGGAAAACGGCGACACAUACUUGUCACUUCUUCAGACAGCCGCUAGGGGGCUGGAUGAGGAACUCCGUGUUGGCCUAAAGGACCGUGACAUUGAGGCACUGGUUCUCAACACCGUGUACCUAAAGUUUGACAACCACGAGUGGGGGCUGUGCGGAUAUGUCGACCUAACCGACCCGCGCAUCGCUCCGGAGGCCCGCCUGAGCUUCGACCAGCUUCGCGGUCGCUUCACCACGGGCCCGAAGGACAAAUUCGAACACGAGGAAGUGGUAGCUGUAGACUUUGAACUCGUGCCCAUGGUGGAGUUUGUGAGACAAAACUAUCGAGAUUUUGCCAGUUCGGCGAAGCUAGUUGUUGUGAAGGUUUUGCAGGCGUUUUUUGGGGUGGCAGCUGUGGAACAUGCGUUUAAAGCUCACGCAUUACCACCAAACUAGGUUGAAAUAAGGACGAACAAGAAAUACAGUGAAAAUUGCUGUGAUGGAAUUUUCUCAUUUACCCUGCAAUGUCUGCCUAUUUUGUAUGAAAUCCAUCCAGCCGUUCUUUAGCAAACAAUAUAUUGCUACGAGUGUGGAUGCAGGAAUAAGGACGUAAAUACUGUAUUGACAUAAUGCAUAUUAAUCGUUUCUACCUGUUACCAUUGACAUAAUGCAUAUUAAACGUUUCCAUCUAUUAUAAUAUAUUCUCUUUUGUAAAGCGCUGUAUAUCAUAUGUAUUGGCCCAAGUACAUAGAUAUAGAGUCUUGACGAUACAGAAGUAUAUUGAAAACUGUCUGUGUUUGUUUUUGGCAACGGUUUACUAGAUCAGCAUGUGAUCAUAUUCAUUACUUUUACUCCAUCUACAGUAGUAUAGAAGGGAGAUGGGAUUUGAAAGUGAUAUUUAGCUAUUGAAAUAAUAAGAAGGACCUAAAUGUGUUUUAUUCAUGGGAGGCAAUAUGAGUUCUUCUUCCAAAAAUAGUGAAUUGUACGUAAAUCUUCAUCUUUUGAUAUAAACAACGAGGGCAUAAUAUUAUGUAAAAGGUUGAUAAUACUACAUUGUUUGUAAAAUGUAAUUUGUAAUAAAGAAUUUCUCAUUUUUCCAGUAUAGGAACGUCAGUUUAUCCCCGGAAAUAUUUUAUAUCUACAAAAAUCGUCCAAAACAUGUUGUGGAGCGCGGGCGAUGCCAUUUUAUUUGUUGUAUCCAUCGUCAGUUUGAUUUUUACGAAUUAGCAUAUUGUGCUAUUCUGCGAAGUUGUAACAAAUAA